AAACCCAGAAUCCCAAAAAAAAAUGCCAGCUUUUACAAGUAAUUUACCCAAAUAACAAGCGAAAACAAUCGAAACAAAAACAAAGGGCGUUUCUUUCUUCCCUUUCUUGUUUUGUUUUGUUUUUGUGUUUCUUUUUAAAUAUACUUUUGUUUGUCGAUUGAAGACAGCAUCGGAGAACACAAAAACAGGGAACAGGAACAAGAGGAGAAAGAGGCGAGAGAGAGAGAGAGAGAGAGAAGAGAAAUGGGAUAUUACAGAGCUGAUGAAGAAUAUGAUUACUUGUUUAAACUGGUGUUAAUCGGGGAUUCUGGUGUUGGGAAAUCCAACCUUUUGACUAGAUUUACAAAAAACGAGUUCAGUCUCGACUCUAAGCCUACCAUUGGAGUUGAGUUUGCAACUCGCAAUAUUCAUGUCGAUAAUAAGGUUGUUAAAGCUCAGAUUUGGGACACUGCUGGCCAAGAAAGGUAUCGUGCAAUAACCAGUGCAUAUUACCGUGGGGCUCUUGGUGCUUUACUAGUCUACGACGUUACCCGUAAUUUUACAUUUGAAAGCAUAGAAAGGUGGUUGAAGGAACUCAGAGAACACACCGAUGGCAACAUUGUGAUUAUGUUGGUCGGAAACAAGUCGGACUUGCGCCACUUGCGAGCGGUUCGGACAGAGGACGGCAAGGCUUUUGCUGAGAAUGAGAACAUUUAUUUCAUGGAAACAUCUGCACUCGAGUCUCGCAAUGUUGAGAAUGCGUUCGCCGAAGUGCUGACCCAGAUGUAUCAUCUUGCUAAGAGGAACGCUCUUGAAGUUGGAGACAACUCGGCAGCUUUGCCGAAAGGCCAAACGAUCAAUGUUAGAUCGAACGACGAUGUGUCGGCCAUGAAAAAAGCCGGAUGUUGCUCGUCUUAACCGCGGGCUUUGAAAAAUUUAUGCCCGUUGUUCAUGUCUAUGUUUUCAUUUGUCAAUUUCACACAAUGCUUUAAGUGAUAAACCCAUCGUAACUGUUGCUUUUGAUGAUAUGCCAAAAUGAAAGAUAUGCUUUGAGCUUGUGAACCAUCCUCUCUCUCUUAAAAUACUUGUUCGAUACUCAUCGCAUAUAUUCGGGUA